CACCUCCACAGCAAUGCCCAUCUCCGCACUCCGCCAUCGCUCCAAAUCGCUCCCGAAGCUCCUAUGCAACCUCUCCCUUAUCCGCACGAUGGGCGGCGGCCCACGCACUUUCCCCGGCGGCCUCAACAAGUGGCAGUACAAGCGCAUGCACGAGAAGCUCGCCAGGGAGAAGGAGCACCGCCUUUUACAGCAGGAGAAACAGAUAUAUCAAGCGAGGCUCCGAAGUGAGAUCCGUGCUAAAUUCUCUGCAAAAUCGGCCUCCGAUGAUUUCUCAAGCGCUGGCGGAAUGUCGUCGAAGGAUCAUAUCAGGGCCCUCGCCGAUAGGUUCAUGAAAGAGGGCGCUGAGGAUCUCUGGAACGAGGAUGAUGGUCCAAUCAAAUCCAGGACUCAUGCGCGUCCUUCUAAUAUUCCUCCUCCGCGACCUCUCGAUCUUAGAAAGAUUGUGACGGAAAAAAGAGGGUCGAUCGGCUCAUUUGAUCAUCGCAGGAAUUACUCUAAGUGGAGCAGGAAUUUUUCCAGCGACGAGGGCGAGGACGACUCUUUUGUUCGUUUUGAGGGGGGUUUGUUGAAUAAAUUUCAGGGUAGAGUUGAAGGUUUGAGAGUUCCGAGGUUUAGUCUGGACGAGGAGGAUUCUGAGAAGGACUUAAACCGUGGAGAUGGAGGACAUUAUAGGAAGAGGAUGUUGAGUGGGGCGGCUUUGAGGAACUAUGAUGUCAAGAUGGACAAAAGGAGGCCUCCUAAGCCUGAUAUUGAGGAGAGCGACUGGUCCAGAGAUAUACGAGAAUUCCAUCAAGAGUUAAGGAAUAGGGCCUCUGUUAAAAACGAUAUCAAUCGGCAGGAGGUGGAUGAAGGAUCCAUUCUUACUCAGAAGAGAUUUGAUGAGUACAACAUUUCUCCCCUAACCAUCCAGGCCCUUAAUUUUUCCGGAUAUGUUAACAUGACGAUUGUGCAAGAAGCUGCACUUCCAGUAUGCCUGGAUGGCAAGGAUGCUUUAGUUAAAGCAAAAACAGGCACAGGAAAGAGAGCAGCUUUUCUGCUUCCGGCAAUUGAGGCAGUUGUGAGAGCUUCGAGCACCAACUCAACUAGCCGUGUUCCUCCAAUUCUUGUACUCAUUAUUUCGCCAACAAGGGAGCUUGCAAUUCAGCUUGCUGCUGAGGCCAAUGUCCUCUUAAGAUACCACAAUGGAGUUGGUCUGCAAACGCUUAUUGGUGGUACAAGAUUCAAGCUUGACCAGAAACGUCUCGAGGAGAAUCCCUGCCAGAUUAUAGUUGCAACUCCUGGUAGGCUGUUGGAUCAUAUUGAGAACAAAUCUGGAUUCUCUGUUCGUCUGAUGGGUUUAAAAAUGCUUAUACUUGAUGAAGCUGAUCACUUAUUGGACUUGGGGUUUCGAAAAGAUAUAGAGAAAAUUGUUGAUUGCAUUCCACGUCAGAGGCAAUCAAUGUUGUUUUCAGCUACAAUUCCUAAAGAAGUGCGCCGCAUAUCUCAGCUUGUUUUGAAACGGGAUCACUUCUUUGUUGAUACUGUUGGUUUGGGAAAUGUUGAAACCCAUGACAAGGUUGUGCAGUUGUUCCUUGUUGCACCACAUGAACUCCAUUUUCAUCUGGUUUAUCAACUAUUGAAUGAGCACACAAUGAAAGUUCCUGAUUACAAGGUGAUUGUAUUUUGCACAACUGCUAUGGUAACAGCAUUCAUGCAUGUCCUACUCCGAGACUUAAAAAUGAACGUUAGGGAGAUGCAUUCCAGAAAACCUCAACUUUAUCGAACAAGAAUUUCCGAGGAAUUUCGCGAAGCUAAAUGUCUGACUCUUGUAACAUCCGAUGUUUCGUCUCGUGGAAUGAACUAUCCUGAUGUUACGCUUGUGAUACAAGUUGGGAUUCCUACAGAUCGUGAACAAUACAUACAUCGACUUGGAAGAACAGGCCGUGAGGGCAAGACUGGGAAGGGCAUCCUGUUGCUUGCGCCGUGGGAGGAAUAUUUCAUAAACGAGAUAAAAGAUCUCCCCAUUGAGAGGUGCCAGCUACCCGAGCUUGGUUCAGAUGUAAAACAAAAGGUUGAACAAUCAAUUGAAAAAAUUGAUUUGAGCAUCAAAGAAGCAGCCUAUCAUGCAUGGCUCGGUUAUUAUAACUCUAUUGCUGAUAUUGGGAGAGACAAAACCGCACUCGCCGAACUAGCGGCGAACCGGUUUUGUCGAUCAAUCGGGCUGGACAGGCCCCCAGCUCUCUUCAGAAGAACAGCAUUGAAGAUGGGAUUAAAGGGCAUU